GUUGUUGUUUACUUGUUAUUUAACCCUCGGGAGUAAACAGGUCAGCAGCAUGUCUCAGGUGUCUCAGGUGCGUCCCGGGCUGUACCUGAGUGGUUCUGACCCGGCCCUGCGUCUCAGCGUGCUCAGCAGCCGGAGCAUCUCUCUGGUGGUGAACGCCAGCGGGCUCCAGGACCUGGUCUACCCCCAGAUGGAGGGCCUCUCCGUGCUGAACGUCCCCCUCCAGGACCAGCCUCACGCCCCCCUGAAGCUCUACUUCGACCUGGUGGGGGAGCGGAUCCACCAGAACCGAACUGGCAGAACUCUGGUUCACUGCAGCGCGGGAAGGAGCCGCUCGCCCAGCCUCAUCAUCGCCUACCUGAUGAGGUUUGAGGGUCUGAGCCUUAGACGGGCUCACGAGGCGGUUCUGGAGCAGCGUCCGUUCAUCCGACCCAACGCCGGGUUCUGGAGGCAGCUGAUGGAGUACGAGAGGUCUCUGUUCGGCAGGAACACCAUGAGGAUGGUGAGCACGCCGGGGGGGGUCCUGCCCGAAGCCCUGAGGCUGCCCGAAGACCUGCCUGAAGCCCUGAGGCUGCCCGAAGACCUGCCUGAAGCCCUGAGGCUGCCCGAGGACCCCGAGCCGGCCUACUGCCUCAACAUCUGAGGGUCCUCAACAUCUGAGAGAAACUGCCUCAACAUCUGAGACCCUCAACCUCAUAGGGUCCUCUGAAGCAGCCUUGAGGGUCCUCUGAUCUCCCAGGAACUGAUUCAGGACCAGUUGUAAUGACAGUGUUCGGCCACACGGCGGCAUGAAUAAAGGACUGUUGAUGCUUCUCUUUAA